AUGAUUCAUAAUUAAUUUAUUAAAAGAUAUGCCAAAAGUUUAGAUUUAAAUAUAAAAUACUAAGCUAAUUUUAAUGUCAAAAAUAUUUUGAAGAAGGAUGGAAAGAAUAUUGAAGAAUUAAGUAUAUAAACAAAAUCUUAUCAUUAAGUUUAGGAGUAGAAUUUAAAUAAAUUGAAGAUCAAAAAGAGAUGUAAUGGCUACAUGAAAAUAAUGAAAAAUUUAUGAAUGAAGAAAUUAUAUAGGCUAAUUGGAUGCUGUAGAUCAUUAUUAUCAUAAAAUUUCAGUGCUUUUAUAAGGUAUGCUGGAGAAGGAUAAUAGAUGUAAUUGUGGCUUUAAGAGCAAUCUAUGGCUAAGCUGUAGAAUCAGAAUAGAUGUUGUAUAAUCAAUAGCAUAUAGAUGAAGCUUCCUAAUAAAGAGCAGUUUUCUAGAUCACUCUCCAAGUGAUUUUUUUAGAAAAAUAAUGA